AUGGAUUUAGACCUGAUAACUGGGCAAGGAGGGGUUCCUAUAGAAGAGCGAGCUCCAGGGGACCCGAAGAGACAAAUUACCUGGGGGGUCGUCACCUUCGGGGGGCUCCUACUUGGUGCUGUGGCUCUUGACUGUCUCUGUGCUGGUCGUCGUCGGCGAUGGCAACGCAGCGCUGAUGGCUACGCCUCUGGGCAGUGCCUUCAGCGUUUCCAACGUCACCGGCAGCUUCAAGAGCAGCUUCAACGGCAUCUUUUCGAUCGUGAGGAGCNCGCCAACAAAAGAGCACCAUCAGAAGCGCAAUUACAGUUAAAAUUUGAUUUUUUUUUAAGAUAUGGGCAAAAAGGCAAAGCCAUCAGAAUAGAGAAAAUUGUCUACACGGGAAAAGAAGGCAGAAGUGUUCAAGGCUGCCCUAUAGCUAAAUGGGUGAUUCGUCGAAAUGGAACGGAAGAAAAACUUCUUUGUUUAGUGCGAGAACGUGCAGGCCACCACUGUGAAACAGCUGUGAUAGUUGUACUUAUCUUGGUGUGGGAAGGAAUACCUCAGAGCCUAGCAGACAAGCUGUACUCUGAAUUGUCUGACACUUUAAUGAAGUAUGGCACACUCACAAACCGGCGGUGUGCACUCAAUGAAGAACGAACCUGUGCGUGCCAAGGUCUAGAUCCUGAGACUUGUGGUGCUUCUUUUUCUUUUGGUUGUUCCUGGAGUAUGUACUAUAAUGGUUGCAAAUUUGCCAGAAGCAAGAUUCCAAGAAAGUUUAAACUAUUAGGCGAUGAUCCAAAAGAGGAAGAAAAGCUAGAAUCCAAUCUGCAAACUUUGUCAACUCUGAUGGCCCCCACUUACAAGAAACUGGCACCUGAUGCCUAUAACAAUCAGGUCUGCACACUUACCAGAGAAGACAAUCGUGAAAUUGGCCAAACACCAGAAGAUGAGCAAUUGCAUGUGCUACCCUUGUAUAAAAUAUCCAACGUAGAUGAGUUUGGAAGCACAGAAGGUCAGGAAGAAAAAAAGCGAAAUGGUAGCAUCCAGGUUCUUAGUUCUUUCCGACGAAAAGUAAGGAUGCUGGCAGAACCUGUGAAAACCUGUCGGCAAAAAAAAUUGGAAGCCAAGAAAGCAGCAACAGAAAAGCUGGCCUCCAUGGAGAAUGGGCCUAACAAACACGAGAGAGAGAAACCAGCCACAGCACGUCAAAAGCAGGUCAAUGCAGAAGCAUCAGCUCAUAGCAAGCAAUUAGCAGAUCUUUUGCAUCUUUCAGGAGCAGCUGUGCCACAACAGCAACUUUAUCAACAUCCAUGCCAGGCUCUUCCUUCUAAACCUCAGUCAAAUCAUGGCAAUUUAUACUCUGCUUCUGACCCUACCAAUCUCUAUAUGAGUCUUGCUAAUCCAGCUAAUCCAUAUUCUAACUCUACGCAUCCUUCCAAUCCUUAUGGAGGAUCCAAUCCAAUGAAUAUCUACCAAACUUCAUCACAACCUACAGGACCUUAUUUGAAUUCUUCCAGCCUCAUCAAUCCCUAUUCUAUUCAUUUAGGUCAAAAUAACCAGUAUCCUCAUUACCCAUGCAAUGGAAGCUUAUCAAUAGACAAUUGUUCUUAUUACAAUUCCUAUUCUGCUCAGACUCAGCAUAUGGACUUGUUUAGCUAUCAGAACCAAGAUUCUCUGUCUAAACUAAGUCUACCUCCAAUACAUACAUUGUAUCAGCAUAGGAUUGCAAAUAAUCAGAAUUUUGGGCACAGGUACUUGAAUUAUGGAAACCAAAAUGUGCCAGUAGAUGCUUUCAACAAAUGCACCUUUAGACCAAAUGUUCACCAUGCAAGUUCUUUCCCAUCUUACGCCCAGCAUGAGACUGAUAACCCUUUUAUGGACAUCACCUCCAGGCUGAAAUCUAAUCUGAAUAAUCCAGGUGUGGACUUCAUGAAUAAAAAUGGUGACCAUCUGUAUCCCCCAGCACACCUUGCCCAUGACUAUCACAGCCUGUUCAAUGGCUCUUCUCAUUCACUCCAUCUCCAGAACAAGAAUAGCCAGGCAGCCAAUGGGCUGUCAAACCUCUUUCCAGAUUUCAACCCUAAUAGAACUGCUUCCGAAGUAGGUGCAAAUAAAACAGAGGGGCUCAAUGCAGAGGACCCUGAUGAUGUCUGGUCAGACAAUGAGCAGAGUUUUCUGGAUCCAGAAAUAGGUGGCGUUGCAGUGGCCCCAUCCCAUGGAUCAAUCCUUAUAGAGUGUGCUAAGCGUGAACUCCAUGCUACCACCCCCGUGAAAAACCCCAACAGGAAUCACCCUACAAGGAUAUCACUUGUCUUCUACCAACACAAAAGUAUGAAUGAGCCAAAGCAUGGGCUGGCUUUGUGGGAGGCAAAAAUGGCUGAGAAGGCAAGAGAAAAAGAAGAGGACUGUGAGAAGUAUGGUCCGGAUUAUGUGCCUCAGAAAGUACAUGGCAAAAAAGUAAAACGGGAGCCUGCUGAAUUAAACGAGAACCUGGAACCAACCUAUUUUAGAUUUAUCAGGUCCCUUGCACAAAGGACGAUGUCUCUUACCACAAAUUCCACAGUAACCACAUCUCCAUAUGCCUUUACACGGGUUACAGGGCCUUAUAACAGAUAUAUAUAAAAGUCACCUUUGUUUAUUACCUCAUCCUUUAAAAAAAAAAGUUAGUAAUUAUUCCCUUUAGAUUAGAUAGAGUCCGAGCAAGACACAGUAUUUUUCUUUUUCACUUGUCAUUGAGGAGAUCUCCUCCAUCCCAGCAAAACAAGUAAUUUUACCACUGCAUCUAUUUGGAGAGCUGUCACAAGUCACAAUUCGAAACUGAAACCAAAGUAUCCUAUGCAAAAGGAAGACGACAUAACCACCAACUGGGACUGAAAUACUGCUAUGACUACUGGUAAAAAAAAAGAAUGACCAUACUUUUUUUUAAAAAUGUACAUCUAUAACCAUUUUGCUCAGGAGCAGAUAAAGCAAGAGAGUGUGUUUUUGUUUUUAAUGGUGAAAACUCUGUAGUGUCUCUUCUGCAGAAAAUUGAAGAUUCUGCUAGGUGCUAAACUGAUGGUAUACUGAAAUGCUUACUGGAAAUGUAGUUUUUAGCAUGGAACAUUUUGUUUGUUUGUUUUUUGUUUCGCUUUGUUUUGUUUUGGCUAUGAUUUUAACAUAAAUUAAUGUUAAUCAGGAUAGCUACCCUUACAACAAAAGCACUGAAUUUGUUUUGGCUAUUCUAAAACGUGGUGCUAGAUAUAAAAAUGGUGUCUACUGCAGCAUUUAGACAAGUUUUAAUGUCUUUUAUUAGCACUAGAUAGGAUUUAAAAAAAAACAAUCCUGCUCUCCUUAAUCCAUAAACAAAACGUUUACAUUUGUGAUGACAUCCAGUUAAUCUGAUUUUUUUUAAAAAAAAAUAAUCAGCUACAACUCAUUGUUUAAAGCAUGGGUGUCCAACCAAUAGCUGUGGGUUGGACACACUUGUUUUAAAGCAUGGAAACCUGGAUGAAACAAGGGCAAGAUUCAACAAAGCUAUCGCAUGAGCACUGCAGGCAGAAUGUGCCAGUAGCAGCUAGAAUAAUGAAAGGAAAAAGGCACCUUUUUAAACUAAGAAGACCUCUCCCUAUUCAGCCCCAGAAGAAUUAAUCCUCACACUUCAAUGGCUGAACCGUGGAAUUGAUGGCAUCUCUCAAACAAACAAAGCUUAACCAUUGGUUAGUACUGGGGCAUGCAUCCAUUCUGGUUUAUCUACAGGAACAGUUGAAAUAUUAAGGUCCUGUGUUCAGCAUCCCCAUGUUCGGUAGGUGCUAUAGCAGUGAUGGCAAACCUUUUUGGCAUUCAGUGCACGCAAAAUGCAAUAUAAACUUCCUAAUUAACUUUAACAAAAAAGGAUUUAGAUGACACAGUAUGGGUAUGAUCAGGCUUUAUUUUGCCUGUUUCUGAUUUCUCACAGUUUCGGUGCUGGGCAAACCAGUUGCUCUAUUAUGUGAUGCCCAUCUCUGAUCCUUUCUCAAUCUAUGCUAACAUUUUGAGGAAUAUUUUCCCGGUGGCUUAAUGCCCCACAGAAUUGCAAAUAAGAAAAGAAACUGGUCUUCUUUUAUUUGAAUAAAGCGAUUGAAGAUAACAGUUUUAUUUUGAUUAUCAAAUCAAGAUAAAACUGCAAAAUAUGCAAAUAAGGCUUACAUGGUACAGCCCUGAAUUCUCAUUCUGCUACUUCUCCAUGCUAAAUAAGCUUUGUUGGAUCUCACCAGAAUUCAUUUCACUUGGCAAAGAUCUGAUUAAGAGCAGCCAACAAUAGAAAAAUGUUUUGUGAAUGGUGCUUGAAAAACUCUUUAGAUGUUGUUGCAGUGUUGCCACUGAAUAAUAUUAUCUGGGUGCUAAAACUUUCCAGACAUUUACUGUAACAUUAAAAGAAACUUAUUUGAAUAAAUGUAUGCAGUAUAUGCAUAUUAAAUUCAAUAUUACCUGGAAUCACUGGGAGUCGGGUAGCAUGUACUUUUAAUAACUUAUUGUUAGAUUGUAGAGAGUAAUCUGCAGUUAGAAUCAUAGUCCAAGAUUGGUGAAAACUUAUUAAUUCAAGACUUAAUGAAGAACUUAAGAAUUAUUAAGAUAGUACCUUAAAGAUGGAGCCCGUUUCCAGCAAAGUGGCUUUCUGUAAAAUUAAGAUAUUCAGGUUCAAUAAAUUCAAGGUUUCCAAAUGUUCAGUAAAUCCUUUAGGUUAGGCUCCAAGGGCUGCAAACAAGAUUGUUAUAACAGCAGAUUUCUUUUCUCAUAAAUGUUCAACUUCUACAAGCGUUCAACAAAUUACAAUUAUUGUUAUUACAAUCUUUUGAUUAAAAUAACAAUAUUGGGGCAAAUUUGAUUGGGGCAAAUUUAUAUAAGAUGGAAUGGGGAGAAGGUAUUUGUAAUUGCAAACAGCAGGAGAAGGUUUUUAAGCCAAUUAUAGACACAAACUGAAAACCAUUUCUCAAACACUCGCUAAAUAAAGAAUAGAGAAAAAAUAAAUCCUUUAUUUACUCUAUUCAACCAGAGGUAACGGGAUUUAAAAAAAAAUACAAGCUUUGUGUUUUGGUGCUCGUCUUACACAGGUAUAUUGUAAAUAUUAAUUUUAACUAUUUUAAUGAAAAACUCCUUUCUGAAAUAGUACACAUUUUAAGUUUUUAAUAUAUAUAUAUAUAUAUGUCACAGAUACAAAAACGUGUUAAACUUGACCAUUUUGUCAUGAUUUUGAGCUACUUUUUAAAGAUCCAUAGCAUUCUACAGAUGAUGGUUACUGCUUUAUUUAAUCAUGGAUUAUUUAUGUUAUGGUAUAUGGCACUGCUCAGUGUAAUGUGGCCAUAUUUUCUAGGAAAUGUUGAGAAGGGUCAACACAAAGAAAUACAGGGUUGUACUGUAGGAAGUUAGGGGCUUGGGGAGAAUACAGUAGAGGCAGCUGGCUUGCUGUGAUGGUUUUUAAUUUGAUAGUUUGUAUAAAAGUGUAAGCAAAACAGAUGUAUAGUAACUUGUAAACAAUUUUAAAGCAAUGUUUUAGUAUUUUAAUAAUGUACAAAUAUAUAAAUAUAUAUUAUAUAUCAAUAUAUAUAUCUAUAUAUCUAUAUAUGGAUUUGGAACUCAACUCACAUCAUGGUGCUACUUGGCCUGUUCUCUAAAAAAAGUGUGCUAAAACCAUGUUCAAAUUAUGUUUGAAUUAUGCUCCUAUUUGUCAUAUACCUCAAUUUUACUUGGCAGUAGGAUUUUAAAUGGUGAUAUAUAAGAUAUCAUGUUCCCCUGAUUUUCUGCUUCGCUAAUAUUUGGGAAAAAGAAAUUCUCACUACUUGAUAGCAAGUGUAACUUGAAUUUUAACACAUAGUUUUGUUCUAAAAAUUCAGGGAUAUAUCCUCUCACAAUUUCCUUAGUAAGCCAAUGUAUCAUCUGUGAAUGUGUAUGUAAAAUUUUAUUGUACAGAUUGAUAAAUAUUGUUGAACCCUUUUUUAAAAUUCUACUUUAUUUUUGAGAAUCUCAACUGUUUUUUAAUUCUGCUUCUAACUUUUACUUGUAAAUGUAUUAAUGGCAAAUUUUGCGGAGUAAAUCCAUUUCUUCUUUUUUAUAACAAUGGAAGUGCAUUUUUAAUAUUGUAAACUCUGUUUUGAGGUUUCUUAUUUUACAUCCUCCCCCUUUGCAUGUCACAUAUAAAAUAAAUCAUAGGUUGCACUGAACUGACAAGAGGACAAAGUAGGUAUUUGGCUGCUAACCAUUUGCAAGAAGGUUGUGCCUUUUCCAAAUUCUAUAAAUAGGUUUUCAACGGUGAUUGCAGUUUUAUUUCAUGGGCUUUGAAGACAGAGCUUAAAGAACAGAGAAAUUCAUGGAGAAAAGACUACAAGAAAGACUACCAGCCAUGCCAACUGUAGACUACCUUUAAGGUUGGGGGCAGCAUAUAUCUGAAUGUUAGUUCCUGAGAUACAACAUUUGGGAAAGAAGUAUAGUAUUUGUAUUCUGUAUGCAAUUCUUUGCAUCCGGUUGGCUAUUGUGAGAAAAGCAUACAGGACUUGUUAACUUUUCGUCUAGCCCAGUUGAUCUUACAUUAGGCAUAGGCAUUUCUAAAAUAUGGCAGUACAAUACACACACACACACACACACACACACACACACAUAUGAAUGUGUGUAAAACUUGAUUCUGAAACAAGUUACUUGUAUUUUUUUCACUCACUAUCAAGGGUACAUGGACAUACCAUAUCUGGGCUGCAGAAAUCAGAAUAAUCACUACAUGGCAGCAAGAGGUUUUCUGCCUGUCCUUGUUUCCAUCCAGUAAAUUAUCUUGUCAUCCAGACUUAUUUGCAAUCUAGCCUAAGGGAACCCUUUGGAUAUUGCUGAGCUUCCACCUAAAACAGUUAUAGAUCAGCACAAUCUGGAGACGUUCCUCACCCUUGUUUCACACAAUCAACUUCCCUAUGAAAUCAGUGGAAUUAUCAAGUUGCCUCAAGAGUAACCUUUGCAAGACCAAUGCCUUCCCUUUGUUUUUUCUUUAAUUGAGUUUUAUUAUCUGAUUAUAAUUCUUCGUUGAGUAUGUCAUGAUCAAGCAUAUGCAAUGCCACAACUACAAAGGUCCUCUGCUCUCACUUUAAAUAUAUGAGCUUAGUUAUCUCUUACAUAGUCACCCCAAACUGAAGCUCUGAGGUACAUGUAGAUGCCUUGGUAUGGGCAAGGGCUAUUACAUUUUGAUACAAUGUCCACGAGGAAACCUCUUUCCUUUGAAUAAAUCAGAAUUCUCUCUUCACUGUUGUAUAAAUGUAUAAGCAUUGUUGGAUUGGAAGACUUGUCUAGCAAGUUAAUUGAACUUUAGUUAUUCUUUACAUGGGUCUACCUGAUGUAAAGCAAUGUUGAUUAAAAUAAAAAGCCAAACAAUGCAGGUAGUGCUUACUUACCAACUGUUUUGUUUAGCUAUCAUUCAAAACUUCAAUGGUUGGAAAACAUCCUCCCAUUUACAGCCAUUGAAGCAUCUGUGCAAUCGCUGUUCUCAUACUUCAAAACCAGCAUGCAUUUAUGACUGUUGAGGCAUCCCACAGUGUCAUGAUUGUCAUUUGCAAGCUUCACAACUGACUUCCACCAUUGCAUUUGCAGAGAAUGUGGAAGUAAAGUUGCCAAGUCACAAUCACAAGAUAUGUCUCUUAAUAGCAAUAGCAAUAGCAGUUAGACUUAUAUACCGCUUCAUAGGGCUUUCAGCCCUCUCUAAG